UCAUAACACACAGAGAAAUACUUAUAUAUACAAAUAUAUAUACACACACACAAACAUCGUAUAUAUCAAGUCACAGAGAGAGAAAAACCUCCUCUGUUUCCUCCUUGAUCGGAGGGUCUCCGUCUUCCAUAAGAAAUGGACGGUGGUGGAGAGACGAGGGUAACGGAGACGAAGGUGAGAGGGAUGAAGAAAGGACCAUGGACGACGACGGAGGAUGCGAUCUUGACCGAGUACGUGAGGAAACACGGGGAAGGUAACUGGAAUGCGGUGCAGAAGAACUCAGGCUUGUUCCGGUGUGGGAAAAGCUGCCGUCUACGGUGGGCGAAUCAUCUCCGGCCAAAUCUGAAGAAAGGAUCAUUUAGUCCUGAUGAAGAGAAGAUGAUCAUCGAGCUUCACGCUAGGUUGGGAAACAAAUGGGCUCGCAUGGCUUCUCAGUUACCUGGACGAACAGACAACGAGAUCAAGAACUAUUGGAACACAAGGAUGAAGAGAAGACAGCGAGAUGGUUUGCCUCUAUACCCUCAAGAGACUCAGCAUCAAGGGAUUGGUAAUGAUGAUGAGUUUGAGUUUAAUUCAUCUCAAUUCCAAAACCAAGACCAUGGUAAUCACCAAAACAUGUUUCAAUACGCUUAUUCCUCUAAUACUCCAUCAUCCUCGUCUUCUUUCUCUUCUUCGUCUUCUCAACCUUCAAAGAGGUUGUGUUUAGAUCCCUUAAUCUCUUCUAAUCCUGGCCUAAACCAGAUCCCUGAGUCUCCCAUGAAUUUUUCAAUGUUCUCUCUUUACAACAAUAGCCUUGAGAAUGACCAUAGCCUUGACAAUGACAAGAACCAGUUUUUAAAAUACUCAUCCUCAUCGUCCAAUGAGUUUUGCAAUCUAAACCAACUUCUUGAGGUACCAUCCGAGAAUUCGGACACAAACAAUACCAAUAAGAAAGACAUUGAUGCUAUGAGUUAUAGUUCAUUGCUUAUGGGAGAUCAUGAGACAAGACCGAGUUGUUUCCCUUUCGGACUAGACAAUGCCGUCUUAGAGCUGCCUUCAUCAUCCAAAACACCGACCCAUUGGUUCACUUCGAAUACUAUACUUGACGAUGGUGUCCCCCUUGAUCCACCUGCGGGUAACAGUGGACUGCUUGAUGCUGUCUUGGAGGAGUCUCAAGCCUUGUCUCGCCGUGGAAACUUCAAUGACUUUACAGUUUCUUCGAGUGAUCUAGUUGAGGAUCAAGACAAGAGAGUGAAAAUGGAUUGUGCGAAUCGGUUGAUAAACCAUAAUCCUUCUCAUCUAUCAUCAUUCGAAACAUACCCUAAUAUCUACAAGAGAUACAAUGAGCCAACAAUGGAGAAGGCAAUAGUGGAUGAUGACGACGAUAUAUUGAUGAGCCUUCUCAACAACUUCCCUUCAACCACACUAUUGCCUGAUGAUUGGUAUGGGAUGAAAGAUAUCCAAACGGGAGUCUCGCAGAGCGGAAACCAUCAAGAUAACAAAAGAGUAGAACUACACAAGGCGCCGCCUUCGCCCAAUACUGUAGAUCCUCUGGCCUCGUUGGGUUCAUGCUACUGGGACAACAUGCCUAGUAUCUUCUAAUUUGGAGAAUCUCCUCAUGAGCAAAAUCAUUUAUUUGGUAUUCAGGAAAAGAGGGAUAAACUAAUUGUGAGAUUUGUUUCCGUUGGUGUAAAAUAUUUUGAAGUUAUUCAGUUUGGGAAUUGCUCUGGAUUGUUAACAUAUUUUCAAGUGGCUA